ACAGCGUGAAGUGUUGGGUGUUUCAAGUAAUUUUUGUCAGUGAUUAUUGUUUACUUGUGUAAAGAGAGAGAAAAUUUUUCUUACAUAAAAUUAAGAACAGAACUAUAGAGAGAAAUGAUUUUGGAUGUUUUGGUUGCCUUCUUGUGGAGUCGUUUUUCUGCGAUUCCCUGGCCCUGUUGCUAUGACAGCUACCAUGUGGGAACAUGUUUCGAUCGCUUUUCUGUUUCAUUGUUUUGUGGUUAUCAUCACAUGUUUGUGAAGGCUGUCGGUCCCGUGAUGAGUUGCUCGCCAAGAAGCCUAAUCCCGGCUUAUUCCCUACUUAAAUAACCAAUUGUUUCUGUAGCUGUUUACUCGAAUUUUAAACAUCAAUUAAAGAAGGAGGAUGUUUUUUCGAGUGUUGAGGCCACUUGGUUCCAUCAUAGGACUAGCAGGACUUGCAGUGAGUGUUGGAUUGGUAAAUGGCCUAAAUACACGCCCACUCUUCGCACACAAUGAAGAAUUUCCCAAGGUUGCAAUUAUUGGUGCUGGAAUUGGUGGUACCUCGGUGGCUUAUUUUGUUAGGCAAGGUCUUGGUCCAAACGUAACCAUAGAUGUCUUCGAGAAAGGAAACAGAGUCGGUGGAAGGAUGGCUGUUGUGGAGAUCGGUGGGAACUCUUUUGAGGCGGGAGCUUCAGUUAUCCAUGAAAGUAACAAGUACAUGCAAGAAUUUACAAAACUAUCUGAUCUCAAGAAACUUAAAAACGAUCUUACGUCUUCGAUGGGAAUAUACGACGGCAAUGAGUUUGUAUAUCUUAGCACUGGCUAUUCCUUUUUGGACAAAUUAAAACUUUUCUGGAGGUACGGAAUGGGCCUAAUAAAAAUGAACCGCUUCACAGAAGACACCAUGAACAAGUUUCUUGCUAUUUACAAGCUCCAAGAUGAAGGAAAGUCAUUUGAAACAGUAAGAGAGUUUCUAGAAGCCCUCGGAGGGAAUGAAUUUGUAACGAUGACCCAGAAAAGCACGCGUCAAAUUUUGGAGGAUGCCAAAGUUUCAAAAAUAAUCGAUGAGUUAGCAACAGCUGUAACCCGAGUCAAUUACGGCCAGGAUAUGGGUGUCAAUGCUUUCACUGGUUUCGUUUCGUUAGCUGGUGCACAGUCUGCUAAACUCUGGGCUGUUGAAGGGGGUAACUACCAAGUUUGCAAAAGGAUAUUAGAGAAAUCUGGUGCAAAUGUGAAGCUUAACAAGUAUGUGAAAGAAAUUGACAAGAAAAUUGUGGAUGAUAAAACGAUAAAAUACAGACUCAGAACUGAUGAUUUUGACUCGGGAUAUGUUUAUGACGCUAUUGUUGUUGCUGUUCCUUUGGAGGUGAAAUCAACUAAGGUUAAAUGCAUUGCCUGUUCACAGUGGCCUGAUCUUGAAAAUCUAGGACGGUAUCAACGAACUGUGGCGACGUUUGUAAAAGGCGAAAGAAAUCAUAAGGCUUUUGGAGUUAAAAAAGCUAGUGACUUGCCAGUUGAUAUUUUUACCACUGAGAACCCGGCGCUGUCCUUUAGCUCAAUAGGUUUACAGGAAACUGUGGAAGGAAAGCCGGGGGCAACUGAUGGAAAUCCGAUAUACAAAGUGUUUUCAAGAAACCUGCUCACUGAAGAGGAAUUAAAUCAUCUUUUCUCGGUGAAGUUGGAAGUAAAGUCAGUUGAUUGGCUAGCGUAUCCACACUAUCAUCCCCCAGAGAGGUUUAGCCCGUUCAAGUUAGAUACUGGUGUGUUCUAUGUAAAUGCAAUCGAGCGGGUGGCGAGUGCUAUGGAAAUGGGAGCAAUCAGUGGUAGAAAUGCAGCCUUGCUGGUAAAGAAGUAUUUGGGAAGCAGGGAAGAAUCCAAUGCAAAAAGCAAGAAGAAGGCAGUCAAAGGAGAGUUGUAAAAACAAACCGUGUUGAUAUGCCUUUUAGUGUAUUUUGUAGAAUUGUAAUCGGCUGAAAUAACUGGCGAUUUCGAGCCAAAAGCUAAGUAAGGAUUUAACAAACCAGAAAUAAGCCCAUGUUCAUGCCAUCUAAUUGCGAAUUUCGCAGCUUGGUAAUGAGUUUUUCGAUAGCAUUGAAAGUCUAUCCAGAUCAAAAUCUUAUAUAUUAGCAGCUACGGAGCCAGUUCUCUCAGUAUCAAAAGAGACAUGUUUUGCAGAUUCCGUACCAUUAACUACCUUGGAAUGGAGGACUGAAUUAAAAAACAUCUUGAAGAAUAACUUGGGAUAUCCUAAUUCACUAACCAUUUCGGCCAAUUUGGUCAAUCUUUUCUCCUUCCUGGUUUUGCACAAGUAGUAAACAUUUUUUAAUGAACAUGAACAGUCCUAUAUAAAAUGCAAUAGAAAGUAUUAUAUUAACGCAUGCACCUCUUGGCUUAAGAUAUUAAGCUAGCAAAGUUUUGUAAAAGAAGUUAUUGUGUAAACCGCUCUCCUCCAAUGUGACAAUCAAGCUGUAUAAUGGAUUUUAGUACAGAUUAUAGGCCAAGUAUUCAGACUUCAGUCUGACUUCAGCUAGGCAUUCAUAUCAAUAGUACCAGAUAUAUUGAUUUUAUGUUGCUUUUUUUAAUUGAAUUUGACCCCAAAUAUCAUUAUACUUUUUCCAUCCGUCGAAGCGUUGACGUUUUUGGAGCACAUGAUGAAUAAAUAUAUACAUUUUGCGUAAAGGAUUUCCGUUUGGUCACCUCUAGGCCUAUUUCCCUUCGCUUUUUCUGGUGCCAAUUUCGAUAGGGUGCUCUUCAAACCCCUAUAUACAACUACCCCGAUAGUGUGUACCCCGUUCCCUUGUAAUUCCUUAACCAGAACGCUAAAUCUUCCUCUGAUUUCCUUUCAAAAUCCACUUAAGAGUAUAUUAAAAAGGGGGUGGGGGCAGUGAGGUAGGAACAAAGUCAUUUUCGAGGUAGGGCUUGUGGUCCUUAGGGGGGAUCGUGGCAUCCCCUUCGUUAUAUUUAACAAUUCUUAUCAAGAUAAUAUGACCUGUUUUUGCAAUUUUGCUGGUCUGCAGUCCCCAGCCCCGUCCCUUCUUCUGUACAGCUUUUCCAGACUGCAAUGUUUUGGUAUGCGCAUUCCCCGCAAAGUGAUUUUUUCCUCAGAUCCGAGCCGCAAAUGUUUUGGAUUGAGAAAAAUUAAAUUCACUCUCUUAUUUUGCAACGUAUUUGUUCCCGGACAAAAAAAGAGUACGUCAUCAGUGACAGAAAUUUACUUCCCGCGCGCUAGAAACUUUGCAGUCAAACAGCCCUUAAGAGAAAAGCACGUAUAUUUGAAGACAACAUGUUGUUGGAAUUGUUAUAUGUUAAUAAAAGGAGCUUGCUUGCUGUGUGGCCUGGUGUCAUGCUCCACAAGCUUGCCUCUCUCUUUCAUUUUUGCAUUCACAUUUGUACAUUUUGAUUAAAAUAGUUAUAAGAUACUAACCCACCAAAUAUAGGAUAUGAGACAAAUAAUCAGUUUGAGAUAUGGAAUGUUUGGUUUUUAUCAACUAAGCAUUUUUAUCAACUUUCUUUGUACUUAUUUCGUUCAAUCUCGUAUUUUGACAUAAAAGAGUUUACUUCUA